AUGCGAACCCGGACAGCCUUGACUGCCGCAGUUUUGGCGGGCACUGUCUCGGCCAUUAACCUCAACAUCGACAAUGAGCAAUCCAUUAAAAAUGCCGCUGCCACAGCCGCCUUCAACACCAUGGUUAAUUAUACCGGUAAUCAAACGGGACAAAUUCCAGGCUAUAUCCAAGGUGGCUGGUGGGAAGGCGGCGCUCUGUUCCAGACGAUGAUCCAGUACUGGUACUUCACUGGUGACACCUCGAAUAACGCCGCUGUCAGCCAGGGCAUGUAUUGGCAGCGUGGGAGCGGUGACGAUUUUAUGCCUUCCAACUGGAGCUUAUCCCUUACGAACUCCGAUCAGAUGCUGUGGGGCCUAGCUGCUAUGACCGCCGCUGAGCUUGACUAUCCCCAGGAGUCUUCAAUGCCUUCAUGGGUGAGCCUGGCCGACGGUGUAUUCGACACUCAAACCAGACGAUGGGACAACGAGGUCUGCAAUGGCGGCCUGCGAGAUGGGAUUCAAACGUUUGAUAGUGACUAUGACAUAAAGACUGCCAUGGCCAACGGAGGACUCUUUCAGCUGGCUGCACGUCUGGCUCGCUUUAAGAAUACUGAUCAUUACUAUAUUGGCUGGGCCGAGAAGGUUUGGGAGUGGAGCGAGCAAGUCUCGCUUGUCGACACGAAGAGUUGGAGGCUAACGGAAGGAAUAUCCACGUCGGAUGGUUGUAAGUCAAUAAGUGAUCUCCAGUGGACGUACAACUAUGGCCUGUAUCUCGGAGGAGCAGCGUACAUGUACAAUGUGACCGGGAAACAAACAUGGAAGAAAGGUCUUGAUGGUCUUUUGCAAACCACUUUCGAUACCCUCUUCCCAAAGGCAUACGGAGGGAAUAUUAUGUCCGAGACUGCUUGUGAAGCAGAGGACAUCUGCAAUUCCUCAGAGGAUAUAUACAAGGGACUCCUCGCCUCCGACCUCCUAUUCGUGAGCAUUGUCGCGCCAUAUACCGCUGAAAGCAUCACUUCACGCCUACGGGGAUCUGCUGUUGCGGCGGCGAAAUCAUGCACCGGCGGUAAUAACAAUACCCUAUGUGGCCAGCGCUGGUACAAUUCAACGUGGGAUGGAACUGCGACCAUUGAAGAUCAGAUGAGCGCUGUCAACAUCCUUACGGCAGCCCUGGCCUCCUACGUACAUGUUAAUACGUCGAGCCCGAUUUCUUUGAACGCGACCCAAUCAGCCUCGAGCAUCGCUGCAGCCGCCACCAAGUCGAAUGGUGCCGUCGCCCUCACACAUGGCAGUAUGAGCACCUUGCCCCUUAUUGUGGUAGGUAUUAUUUCCGCUCUUCAAGGGAUUGUCUACUUUUAG